AAGUUAGCUUCCACCUGCUGCAGCUAAUUUGAAUAUUGGACUAUAAAAGCCAGUGGCAGUGCGUUGUCCGACUAGACCCUGCCAUUAUGGCUACUUGGCGGUACCCACUACUCAUCCUGCUGGUGCUCCUUGUCGGGGCCAAUUCGUUGGUUCACUAUAAAAAAUUUCCUGGCGAUAAAGCUGCAGAGACCUGCGAGGGCCCUGCUGGUGACAUCAAAAAGGAGGAAUACCAGCAGCACGCGGACUUUUGUGGCAUCGUCUACUGCAUGAGGGGGGGCGGCGAUACUCUGAUACACUAUUGCCAGCUACCAGCGACGUUCGCAGCGUGCGAGGAAUCUGGCGUCAACACGCAGGUCGACUUUCCUCAAUGCUGCUGGACCUGCGUCAAUUAUAAAACAUGCUAGGCUCUGGUUUACUAUACUAUCCAUCAGCAAUUGUUAAUAUCAUUCGAUUUUACAUUUCUCUGUAUGGGCACUCUGAGAGCGUAUCUGCUGGCAUUCUAGAGUGUCUGCAAGUGAUGAGCACGCGGCAUUUGCCAUACAAAUAAAACACACACAGAAUACGACUGAGGCAAAACGAGAAUAAACAUGCCAUAUAUUGUGCAUAGAGCUGCGAGUGCGAGCGGCUACAAAAAUGCCAACA